UUUCACUAUCACACCCUUAGCGGCGAGCGUCCCUGAAGGACCACCUGAAAUAACCCCAAACAAUUCUGUCUGUGUAGAUAUACAUACAUAGAUAUAUAUACAUGGAUCAGUCGUCGUCGUCUUCCCCGAAGUACAAAGGUGUACGGAAGCGGAAGUGGGGGAAGUGGGUGUCGGAGAUCCGUCUCCCGAACAGUCGGGAGAGGAUCUGGUUGGGCUCCUUCGACACGGCGGAGAAGGCGGCGCGUGCCUUCGACGCGGCUUUAUAUUGCCUGAGAGGUCCCGGAGCGAGCUUCAACUUUCCGGCGAACCCUCCAGAGAUUCCCGGUGGCUGCUCCCUCACUCCGCCGGAGAUUCAGGCGGGGGCGAGCCGCUUUGCAAACGAGAACCCGCCGCCGGUGAUGAUGCCUUGUGGACGAUCCGCGACGGAGGGGGAUGAUGAUGAUGAUGAUGACAUGGAUGAGGAUGGAAUUUCGGCACGUGGAGAAAACACAAGCCAUAGUGGUGGUGGGGCCGCUUCGGAGCGAGUGGAGGAUAUUAACAACAAUUAUAGCAACGACAAGACGGCGGGUGAUUACAAAACGGCACCGUACUGGCCGUUUUCGUGGGAGAACGAUGUGGGUCCACCGGAGGAGUUGAGUUUUUUCCCCGACGAAUCCACCAACUUGUUUUUUCCGACCGAACAGCAACUUCCAUCUAAUUUUUACGACGAUGAAGUUGGCGAUGAUUUUUCUCACCACUCCCUUAAUCUUUGGAACUUCUAAAAAAAAUAUAUAUUUCGACCAACCGAUCAUACAAAAUUAUAUGGGUCGAUACGUUUAAUCAUUUAAUAUUUUUUCCGGGGUACAAACCAUUUGGACUUAUCCCGUGGCAUUUUUUUGUUAAAGGUAUUAUUUUCUUCUCUUCUCUAUGAGUGGCUUUAAUUUUUUUAGCAAGCCAACGCAACUGUAUUUGUAUUAUUGUUGAAGAGUAAUUAAGAUAUGAGUUAAACCGGUCACGUCAUGUGUUUUGGAUGGUCUUUACUUGGCCUCGUAUAUUUAUUUGAUUUAAAAAAAA